AUGGUUUGGUAAACCAUUCCAUGUUCCACACCUUUUCCCCAGUAUAAUACUAAUCAAUCCUCUUAUCUACUUAAUCAAAUCCCUCAAAUUCCAUUCUUCCAUUAGAUUAGACUUUUAGAGUAGAAAAAGCCUCACAACUCACUCCUCUCCACCACCAUCUCCAUUCACAAGUGUUAACAAAGAGAAAGAAAAGAAAGAAAGAAAGAAAGCAUUUUUGGGCUCUUUGAGCGCUAAAAGUGAGUGAGUGCAACAAAGCAUAUUGGUGGGCCGCUCUCUCUUAUAAGUAUGCGUGCUUUCUCCUUAACCAUCAUCAAACCACCACCCAGUUCCACCUUCACUGAUCCACAAUGACCACGCCUGAGCCUGAGACGGUCUUCGCCGGCGGCCGAGAAGCCGACGCUUACCCAGCUGAUGCAGCAUCUGUCUUUCCAAUCACCCUCAAGUUUGAGGAGGUGGUGUACAAGGUGAAGAUCGGAGAGGGUGGGCGGCAGUGGUGGCGAGGAAAGAGCGGGGCGGCGCCAGUGCUGGAGAAGACGAUUCUGAAUGGUAUCACCGGAGUGGUGUGCCCGGGGGAGCUGCUGGCCAUGCUCGGCCCCUCGGGCAGCGGGAAGACAACUCUUCUGACGGCGCUCGGCGGGCGCCUCCGCGGGAAGCUCUCAGGUAAGAUCACCUACAAUGGCAGCCCGUUCUCCGGCGGCGUGAAGCGGCGCAUGGGUUUCGUGGCCCAGGACGACGUGCUGUACCCGCACCUGACGGUGGCGGAGACGCUGACUUUCACGGCGCUGCUGCGGCUCCCGGCGUCUCUGUCGCGGGCGGAGAAGGCCCGGCAUGCCGAAGAGGUGGUGGCGGAGCUGGGCCUGGGCCGGGUGGCGCACUCCAUGGUGGGCGGCUCGCGCGGCGUGCGCGGCGUCUCCGGCGGCGAGCGGAAGCGCGUCAGCAUCGGGCUGGAGAUGCUGGUGGACCCCAGCCUCCUGCUCCUGGACGAGCCCACGUCGGGGCUCGACUCCACCACCGCCGCGCGCAUCGUCGCCACGCUCCGGCGACUCGCCGCCGACAAGGGCCGCACCGUCGUCACCACCAUCCACCAGCCAUCCAGCCGUCUCUACCGCAUGUUCGACAAGCUGGUGCUCCUCUCCUCCGACGGCUCCGCCAUCUACUACGGCCGCGCAGCCGCCGCCCUCGACUACUUCACCUCCGUCGGGUUCGCCUCGCCGACCGACGGCGUCAACCCGGCCGACCUCUUGCUGGACCUUGCCAACGGAAUUGCACCAAACUCCAAGUACGCAACCGAGAGCAGUGACUUUGUCAAAGGUGGCUGUGGCUUGCAGCAGGAGCAGAAGGCUGUCAAGGAGGCACUGAUCAGGGCGUACAAUUGUAAUAUCGCCACACGAUUGAAGGCGGAACUCUGCACAAUAGACCUGAACAAUUAUGGAUACACUCAAGAGAUGGCUAGUGCCAUGAAAAGAGAGCAGUGGUGCACAAGUUGGUGGGAGCAGUUCAGAGUUUUACUCAGCAGGGGGCUGAAGGAGAGGAGGUAUGAGGCUUUCAACAAGCUGAGGAUUUUCCAAGUCCUCAGUGUUGCCACUCUUGGAGGCCUCCUAUGGUGGCACACCCCAUCUUCUCAUAUCCAAGACAGGACAGCAUUGAUUUUCUUCUUCUCAGUCUUUUGGGGCUUCUUUCCACUCUACAAUGCUGUAUUUACAUUCCCUCAAGAGCAACCCAUGUUGCAGAAAGAGCAGGCCUCAGGCAUGUAUAGACUCUCAUCCUACUUCAUGUCACGCACCGUGGGGGACCUGCCUAUGGAGCUUGCCCUUCCAACCGCCUUCACGUUCAUCAUAUACUGGAUGGGUGGCCUCAAGCCAGACCCAGUCACCUUCCUGCUCUCACUCCUCAUAGUCCUCUUCAGCGUCCUGGUUGCACAGAGCCUAGGCCUUGCAGUAGGAGCAAUACUAAUGGAUGUCAAGCAGGCAACCACCCUUGCUUCGGUCACCACCUUGGUCUUCCUAAUGGCUGGUGGCUACUAUGUCCAACAUAUACCAACUUUCAUUGUCUGGCUGAAGUACUUGAGCUAUAGUUUCUACUGCUACAAGCUCCUAUUGGGGGUUCAGUUCACUGACCAUGAUGCCUAUGAGUGCUCCAAAGGAGUGAUGUGUCCAGUGAUAGAAUAUCCGGCCAUCAAAUCAGUGGGGCUAAGUCAUAUGUGGAUUGAUGUGUGCAUCAUGGGGUUGAUGCUCAUUGGCUAUCGGCUGGCCGCAUAUCUUGCACUACAUCAUCUGCAAUGCCAGUAAUACCAUGGUCAGUGUUGAAUAACCUGCAAUUGAUUGCACUCGAGAAGAAGAUACUAUGGUGAGUGUUGAGUAACCAUUGAUUCAAAAUAAGGGAUUACUGCAACAAGCAUUCUCAAUUUUUUGAGAAUUGACUACUACUGAAGUUUCUACGUUGUACUGUAGGAAAAUGUGCAAAGAACUACUGAUCAAGUUUUGAGAGAAUAGUCUGUAAACAAUGGGCAAAAUGUAACUAAAAUAAGAUGUGCAGGAUAGCAUUCCAACCAAAAGGCAAGGACUUAAAAUUCUCUAAUUGCCAGAUA